AUGACCGAUAGGAAUUUUUUACCACAACAGGGCCAUGUGCCUCAAACAUCGCUCCCGGAGGAACUCAAUUCCAGUACCAUUAGUAUGCCAAGUCAACACCCACAACAACAACAUCUGCAUGAAAAGGAAGAAGAGGUAGAGGAGGGGGAAGAACACACAAGAAUACCUGUUUCUGAGGAGGAGUUUCGAAUGGUGCAGGAGCUGCAAGCUAUCCAAGCAAGCCAUGAUCAAUUAAAUCUACCGCCUAGUCGAGGGUCGUUUGAAGGCGAAGAUAAUGGCAAUAGCGAUGGUGCAGAGGGAGACGUAGAUGAUGAUGAGGAGGAGGAGGGUGAGGAGUAUGAUGUAUUUAGGAACGUUGGUCAAGGGCUGGUGGGCCACUACAGAGAGAUAAUGAUACGCUACUGGCAAGAACUGAUCAACGAAAUUGAGUCCACGAAUGAACCUGGAUCCGAGCAUCAAGACGACUUUAAAUCACAUUCACUACCAUUUGCAAGGAUUCGCAAAGUUAUGAAGACAGACGAAGAUGUUAAGAUGAUUAGUGCGGAGGCUCCCAUCAUUUUUGCCAAAGCAUGUGAGAUUUUUAUUACAGAGUUGACCAUGAGGGCUUGGUGCGUGGCGGAAAGGAAUAAAAGACGUACUUUACAGAAGGCAGACAUUGCAGAGGCGUUGCAAAAGAGCGAUAUGUUUGACUUUCUCAUUGACGUUGUUCCUAGAAGAUCACUGCCUCAAUGA